UUAUUAAACACGCUAAAAGUGUAAGUGAUAGUGAAAAUCUGCUGUAAUUAAUCAAUGGAUGUUAUUAGUAUUCAACUAGAAACAGCAUUAUUAGAGGACGAUUGUUCAGUAAAUGAAAUUUAUUCAAUAUGUAGAGGCAAAUAUACAUUUCCAGAAUUUCUACGUGCUGAUCUGUGGACAUGUUGCUUAGUGACUCAUAAGACAGAUGCAUUAUCACAUUUUGAUGAAAUAUAUGACUUACCAUUUCAAAAACUUUUAAGACAAGAUUGCCAAAAUUUCAUCGACACUUUGGGAAAUGACGAAGGAGAUAAAAUCUCAGUUCUGAGUGAUAUUGAGGCAAUUCUAACAUUUUAUUGUAAAAAUCGCAACUUAAAGUAUGAAUCAAAUAAUGGAUGGAUUGAGACACUUAUGCCGAUCUUAUCACUAAAGCUCAAACGGACGGAAAUUUACAAUAUUUUUGAGGCAAUUCGAGACACAUUCAUUCCAAAAGAUAAUAUAAAGCACGGAAAUGUUUAUCAUGUAUUUCGCUUAUUGAUCCUUUAUCAUGAUCCUGAACUUUGUGCAGUGCUGGAUACUAGCAAAAUUACUCCUGAUAUGUAUGCAAAUCAAUGGUUCCAAUCACUUUUUGCCUCAACUUGUCAGCUAUCUGUUGUUCUUCCAAUAUGGGAUUUGUACUUUCAACAGAGCGAUCCAUUCCUUGUAUUCUUUCUUAGUCUCAUAAUGCUGGUCAAUAGACGCGAUGAAAUAAUUGGAAUGAGAAAGGAUGACAAAACAUCGAUAAUUAAAUUUCUUUCAAAUAUGCCGUGUGAAUUACAAGCUGACGAUGUUGUUGAUUUCUGCUCAUUAGCACAAUUUUAUUCAAGUAGAACGCCUUCAUCAUUCAAAUCUGAAAUGCUUAAUCAGCUUUUUGGACAGCAAACGAGUGUUGAGGAACCAAUUGUUAUGUCACAGGCCUUAUGCUUGCCAGUUUCGGUCUAUGAGUUAAUUGAGAAUACGUCACAAACCAAAGAAGGUGCAGUACGAUUUUUCCUAGUCGAUUGUCGACCUGUUGAUCAAUACAACAGUGGACAUUUAGCGACAGCUUUUCAUCUAGACUCAAAUUUAAUGUUGACGGAACCGACGUCAUUUCAAACGGCUGUACAAGGCUUAUUAAGAGCUCAAAGAAGUGCUAUAGAUGCAAAUGCAAGUGGUGAGCAUUUAUGCUUCCUCGGAUCAGGCAGAAUUGAAGAAGAUCAAUAUACGCACAUGAUUAUAGCAUUUUUCCUUCAAAAGAGCACUCAAUAUGUGUCAAUCUUAAGUGGUGGAUAUGCUGCAAUACAUGAUUACUUUGGUGACGGCAUGUUUGAUUGUCUCGAGGAUCAUGACUUUACCAGAUGCUUAGUAUGCAACAAACCAGGAGCUGUGAAUAGAAAUCAAGCUAGUAAUUUAUUUCAUCGACACUCAAUCGCAACAAGUAGUCCACAUCAACAGUCACAAAUGAAAGAUAAACAACAGCCACAACAAAAGCAGCAAUUUGAUUUAUUUAGCAAAUUAUCGUUUGCAAUGAAAACGAAAACGUCUGACGUAAAAUCGAAAUUAUUUGAUUAUAUAGCACAUCCAGCAGCAAAUAGUAGUGUGCCACAGAAACAAGAGGAAGUGACCGAGAGACAUGUGUCGAUGAGUGAGAAGAAUGGAAAGAGAUACAGGAAUUUACCACCAGUUUUUGGAUUAGAUGAAGACUAUGAUCAUGGUGGCAACGAGAAUAAUGAAUUUUCAUCGUCCGAUGAGGUUGACUCGAAUCGAGUAAAUAUUCAGGAAUACAUUAAAAGCAUGCCAGAACUGGUACAGUCAUUUAAAUGCCAAGAGGUGCAGAUUAACGGUGCUAUGUACGAUAGUUAUUUGAUUCUAACAAAGAAAAGAAUCGAAGUGAUACGGGAUCUUGAAAAUGGAAUGGGAAAGGUCUCAAUAAAACGUCCUCUGUCCAAUAUUGUAAAGAUUACAGCCAAGAAGAGAUAUCGUGACUUAAUUACUUUCAAAUAUGGAGCUCAUGAUGAAAAUGGUGAAAAUUUGAUAAUAACAGAUAUGGAUAGAUUUUUAAUACCAAAUUCACAAGAAGCAACAAAAAUCAUUUCCAAAUAUAUUUUACAACAAUUAUAAAGUUAAAUUCAGUAUUGGAUGAAAAUUAUAACGGUUAUUUAAGCUUUUAAAAUUUUACAACAUAGUUUUUGAAUUCAAAAAGAUUAAAACCGUCAUUAUAGAUUUAAAAAACAGCCUAUUUUAAGGGCUAUUUGAGAUUUGAAAAAUAUUUCAGCAUGAUUUUUGAAUCUAAAAAGUCAGUUAAAUAGUCAAAA